AUGCCAUAUUCAUCUGAUAUAAUUAAGAUUUUUUUUGUGCAAAACCAUGGCCAAAAUUUUGGAAUAAACUAUGGAAGAAUAGCAAACAAUCUACCAUCACUAUCACAUGUAUCAAUUAUAUUAAAAUCAUUGAAUGUGAACAGAAUCAAACUCUAUGAUGCAAAUCCAAAUGUUCUAUCAUCAUUCUCAAACUCAAAUGUGGAAUUCAUCAUAGGACUUGGAAAUGAGUUACUUCAAACUAUGAGAGACCCUUCUAAGGCUCAAACAUGGAUUCAACAAAAUGUUCAAUCAUACAUUUCAAAAACAAAAAUAACAUCAAUUAAUGUAGGAAAUGAAAUAGUAGGUAGUAAUGAUGUUGGUAACAUCAUACAUCUUCUACCAGCAAUGCAAUCAGUUUACAACGCUCUUGUGACACUUGGAUUAUCUCAACAAGUUACUGUCACAACAACACUUUCUUACAACAUCUUGUCAAAUUCAUUCCCUCCUUCAAAUAGUGCAUUUAGAAAAUAUCUUAUACAAUAUAUUCAACCACUUCUUAGCUUCCAAGCACAAAUAAAAUCACCUUUUUUCAUCAAUGCUUAUCCUUUUUUUGCAUACAAAGAUGACCCGGAUCAUGCUUUAUUAAACUAUGUUUUGUUUCAGCAAAACCCUGGAUACAUUGAUCCUAACACAAAUUUGCAUUAUGUUAACUUGUUGUAUGCACAAAUUGAUGUUGUUUAUGCACAAAAGAAGUGUUUGUUGGUGUUUCGUAGUUGUUGUAAUAUGAAUGAGAAUUUGGAAAUGAUGUGUUUUGAGAACAGGUUUCAUAUGAUAAGAUUGUGUUGUGAGAUUGUGGAAGAAAAUUCAUAA